UGACGUUUUAGAACUACAUAAACUGCAAAAAUAAUAAAAGACAGCUCUGCAGACUGUUAACAGUCUCGAUAUAUAAGGCCAGUAAACGGUCAGUGCAGGUAGUUUCGCGCUCGCGGUGCCACAAUUCGAGCACGAAGAAGAAGCGCUCUGCGUCAGCCAGCGUGGUUGAACUUUGACACACCUGAGUGUGAGCCUUUCAAUUCCAAACAAACAAACGGAGUCGUUCGACCCUGCAGUGCAUUAACUUCCAGUAAGUUUGCGUUGCUGCAAUUUGCUAACACAGCAGAGCGCAAGAUGGCAUCGAGAAAGGUGGUGGAGUUGUUCUAUGAUGUGGUGUCUCCGUACUCCUGGCUGGGAUUUGAGGUUAUGUGUCGCUACAGACAUGUGUGGAACAUCGAGCUGAAACUGCGUCCGGCUUUUCUGGGAGGCGUCAUGCACGGAUCAGGCAACAAGCCUCCUGGUAUGGUUCCUAACAAAUUUAAAUAUAUGGACAAGGACCUCACCCGCUUGGCAAAAUACUUUGAUGUCCCUUUAAAGUGUCCAGCAGACCCGUUUGAGGUCAUGUUCCAAAAAGGCUCCAUGUCUGCAAUGCGAUUUGUCACAGCAGUGCAAGAGAGGGAGACAGGUGGAGACGAGCAGGUGGAGCAGGUUUCCCGUGAGCUGUGGAGACGGAUCUGGAGUGAAGAUAAAGACAUUACCCAGCCUGAAUCGAUGUCUGAGGCAGCAAAGAAAGCUGGACUGUCUGACAGUGAUGUCGAAGCAGCACUACAGCUGUAUACUUCCCAGCCGAUUAAAGACAAGCUUAAAAACACAACAGAGCAUGCACUUAGUUAUGGGGCGUUUGGCUUCCCCAUGAUUGUGUGUCAUAUUGAUGGAAAGCCAGAAAUAUUUUUUGGAUCUGACAGAUUUGAGCUCAUGGCCUUCUGCAUUGGUGAGAAAUGGCUGGGCCCUAAACCUGAUAAAUCAGCUGCCAGACUGUGAGACGUUAAUUGUUCAUCUCACUGGGUUGAUGCUCUCAAACUCAGAUGACGUCCUCUGUUUUCUGUGUCUUAGGGCAAAAAAAUCUGGUAUUCUUCAGUAAAUGUAGGUUUAAUUAAUAAAUACUGCAUAAGAUGACAGAUAUUGAUUGGCACAACACGCUUGACAGCCUUUUUCUGAAAUUAUAAUCUCGUGGGUGGUUUUUAAGGCUCUCAAUAAAUUCCUAUUAAUAAAAAUGGUAGUUUUUGGAAGGAUUAUGAUUGUUUUAUAAUAGCCUCAUGACAUUUUGCAAAAGUUGGAUAUUUUUCUGAUGGCAAUAUUUUUGCUAUUUAAAACAAUCACAUCAACCAGAUCUUUUUUUUGCUGCAGGAUUAACAUUUUUUUUAUAUUUCUUAUGAUAAAAAUGUGUGUUUUAAUAUCACUUAAAAUCUUUGAGUAUUUGUAAAACCUGUUGUGCCUAAAUGUUUGAGAAUGUUUCAAGUAAAUUCUGUGCUUACUUUAACCAAAUAAACUCUUUACACAAAGAAAA